AAGCAUCGUGAACCCCUGAAGGAGUGACAAGGCAAAAGUGAGUCGCACGUGUCCGUGUUCAGCCGGAUGCGAGUGCCGGCCACGGAACGAUUGCAUGGCCGACGGAAUGCCUUCAUGCAGGACGGAGCAGGGAAAAUAAGGAUGCCUUGCGAGGAACAGUGUGACCGACACAGAGAAGUCCAUCCGGAAAGGCCGAAUUCCUGGAUCGAGCAGCCCAUUCAGCAUCCGAUUCCGAGAGCGCCGCAGGGGGCGCCCAGCGCGGUGAAUGGGGGGACAUGCAGAUCGGGCGAUGAACGCCUCGAUUUGCUCUUACAAAGGCUUGACGCCUUAGAGAAAAGGAGCGGGCCUGGGCACCAGGCCGAACCUAUGUUCAGACUCCGUUCUCCUUUCUCGGAGAGGAUUCUGAGGGCACCUUUGCCGAAUAGCUUCCAAAUGUCACCAAUACUGAGGUACGAUAGAACUGCCGACCCACAGGAGCAUUUCAACCGAUACCAAACCCUCAUGAACGUGCACGUGGUGACGUUCUCCGAAGAGGUCCUUUGCAGAUCGUUCCCCGCAACCCUCGACGGGCUGGCGUCUGAGUGGUUCAAUGAACUGCCCGAGGGGAAGAUCGAUUCCUGGGAAGAUUUGGCGCGGAGGUUCCUAGUGCACUUCGCCGGAAACAGGAAGAAGAAGCUGUAUUUCUCGCACCUCUUGUCUGUCAGACAGAGGCCGGACGAGCCACUGAGGGAGUUCCUGGCAAGGUGGAAGUUGGAGACCACCAGAGUUUAUGGAACAGAUGAAAAAACUAGAUUAUCCACCUUUCAUCUGGUCCUGCAAUCAGGGGACUUCUCCAAACGCCUGGCUUUGGAGAAGCUGAGGGAGUAUGCCAUCGCGCUAGCCAUGGCAGAGGACGAAGCCGAAGCAGAGGAGUUGGAAGCAAACAAGAAGAAAGAGGAGGAAGGAAGACUAGGGACCAUGGUGGCGACGACGAGGCCCCCAGCGAGGAAGGUCACCAUUGACAAGCGGUCACAUUUGCCGGCCGGACAUCGUUUCUGGAAGGGCAGAGAUCCGCGUGACCGACGUUCUUUCGGAAAAGAUGUAUACGAAGAAGGGGUGGACGACAGGAAGCCCUAUCCCCCCAAAGGUCCUAAGCUGAUAUUUCCAUAUGAGCUCACACCCCUAACACACCCCGUCAGUGCCAUCCUGGAUUUCGCCGAGCAUCAAGGCUUGGUGGAAUAUGACCCGAGAUUUCCUCCGAUUUGCACUGUGGGUGAGGGUCCUUAUUACAGGUUUCACAUAGCAGCCGGCCAUGACACGGACGCAUGCAAGGUCCUCAAGAGGGAGAUUAAAAACUUGAUCCAGGCCGGAUAUUUGAGGCAGUUCGUCAAAAAGAAGAACACAUGGCGCAAAGACGAUGGAAAGAAAAAUGUGGACAACCAAGGGAAGAAACCGGCGGGAACCCAGCAGAAGAAGAGGAAGGAGAUAGGCCUUCCAAGUGAUGAAGAAGACGAAGCUAACCCUAGGCAGAAGAUGGUUGAGGAAAACCGAAUGAUCUAUGGUGGUAACACCGGAGGGGAUAGUGCCGAGCAGAGGAAGAGGUGGGUGCACUCAGCCUACGUCGGGGACGUUUGCGGCGCACCUGGGCCAUCGAAGGUCACGAAGACGGAGCCCCUCCUAUUCGGUCCCAAGGACCUACCUGAGAUCCCAUCCCCGCACAGAGACGCCUUGGUCGUCAAGUGCGAGAUCAACGAGACGAAGAAGAUGGAUGCCCAGGAUCUGAGGAUAGACAGCAUUGCCACGGCACUUUUGAAGGAGGAAGAAGGGCGUCCUCGGGCCGAGCCGGCCGAGGAGACAGAUGAUGUGGUGAUCAUGGAGGAUCAACAGGAGAAGAAGAUCAAGCUCGCGGAUGCGGAACCCAUAGAGCAGAGAAGGCGGCACCUGAGCAAAGACCGGAGGGAUUUCGUGAAGAAGGAGGUGGACAUGCUUCAAGCAGCAGGGCAUGUCAAGGAGAUCAAGUACCCCACCUGGCUGGCCAACGUCGUGCAGGUGCCGAAGGGGCAGAUAUUUAGAAUGUGUGUGGAUUACACUGACCAGACGGCCGGGUGUGAGGUAAUGUCUUUCAUGGAUGCAUUCAGAGGAUAUCGCCAAGUGUUCAUGCACGAGGAGGAUGCCGAGAAGACGGCAUUCCUCACCCCGGAGGGGGUGUAUUGCUAUUUGGUGAUGGCCUUCGGGCUGAAGAACAGCGGGGCCACAUACACGAGGAUGGUCAGUCCAGUGUUCCACUCGGUCUUGGGGAAGACGAUGGCCGCGUACGUGGACGACAUGAUUGUCAAGAGCAAGCAGUCUUCCGACCAUGCGGAGGACCUUUCCCAGGGCGAGUGCUGGACCUUGUUCACUGAUGGAUCAUUAGCCGCGAAGGCUUGCGGUGGGGGCGUAGUAAUCCAAUCACCUGAGGGAUUCCGCUCAUACCACACAGUAAAAUUCCAGUUCAAGGUGUCCAACAACGAAGCAGAAUAUGAGGCGUUGCUAAGCGGCCUGAGGAUCAUCCUCAACCUGAAGGCCAAGUACGUCAGGAUCAGGUGCGAUUCGGGCCUGGUCGUCAGUCAGAUCAAGGGUGAGUUUGACACCAAAGAAGAGCGGAUGCGCCUGUACAAGGAGGCAGCCCUAGAAUUGCUCAAAAUCCUCAAAGGAUACGAGUUGGUCCAAAUCCUUAGGGCGGAAAACACUGAGGCCGACGCCCUCUCCAAAUUGAGCAAUGAUAGCCCUGAGCACAUCUCCAAUAUGGCCCAUGUUGAAGACCUGGGAUCCCCAAGCAUUCACAUACAACUCAUAUCUGUUAUCACCGGGGAGACUGAUGGCUGGAUUGCGGAGUUGAUCCGGUACAAGAAGGAUGGGAUCCUUCCCAGCGGCGAGACGGCGGCCCGUUUGAUCAAACGCAGGGCGCCGACGUAUGUCAUUGAGAAUGGCCGAUUGUAUAAGAGAUCAUGUAAUGGAACACUGUUGAGGUGUGUUGAUGAAGCCAAGGCAGAGCAGAUCAUGGAAGAAGUCCAUGAGGGAGUAUGCGAGGCACACCAAGGUCCUUUCUCCAUGGCAAGACGCAUAGUCCUACAGGGAUACUUCUGGCCAACCAUGGUGAAGGACUGUGCCAGACGCGCUAAGCGCUGCAAGGUGUGCCAGAUUUUUCAGAACAUCCCCGGAAGACCAGGAACAAACUACCACCCCAUCAUUUCAUCAAUUCCCUUCGCUCAUUGGGGGAUAGAUCUGAUAGGUCUGAUGCCGAGGGUGCAUGGCAACUUCCGGUGGAUCAUUGUGGCCAUCGAUUACUUCACAAAGUGGAUCGAGGCCGAGCCCCUGGUGGGAGGAACCGCAGAGCAGGGCUCAAAAUUUGUGAGCAAUAACAUACUCAGCCGAUAUGGUGUCCCGAAGCAAAUCACUACAGACAACGGCACACAGUUCGAGGCUAGAGAUUUCAACGAGCUUCUACAAGGAUGGAAGAUAAAACACACCUACAGUUCUGUGGCCUACCCGCAAGGGAACGGCCAAGUAGAGAACGCUAAUCGGACAAUCAUGGAUGGGAUCAAGAAGAGACUUGAAUCCUACAAGGGAGCAUGGGUGGACCAACUCCCCGACGUGCUGUGGGCAUACCGCACCACUCCGAGGAGGGCAACAGGAGAAACACCGUUCUCCAUGUGCUAUGGCCUGGAGGCAAGGGCGCCCUCGGAAGUGUUUGUUCCGACCUGGAGGGAAGAAAAAUACGAAGCGCGAGAAAACGAAGAAACCAUGACGGCCGACCUUCAUCUCGUCGAAGAACACUGGGAACGAGCCUUCCUCCGAGCAGAAAACUACCGAAGACAAGUCAAGGAGUACUAUGACCGCAAGGUCAGAGCAAGGGAAUUCCGAGUUGGGGACUUAGUGCUCAGGAAAAGAGAGGCCAGCUAGCCAUAAGAGGGAAGAAAGUUCGCCAAGAGCUACGAAGGACCGUACAAGGUCGUAGCCGUGCUCAGGCCAGGCACCUACAAACUU